AUGACAACUUCUUUUGAUGGUCCAUAUCCACCAAAUGCACAACGAAGAUCAUCCCGCUGGCCAACUGCACCAGGAGUUUAUGUUAACGUCGAGUUCAGAGUCUCGACGUCCGAGAAUGAUAAGGGACAUGGGGCAUCACUGAGGUACGCAUCAAGGAAUAUGAGGGAAAGGGAAAAAGCAGGAGCAAAUACACAUUUGGGUGGCAAACCAAUACCAUCGAUAUUGACUCCUGGUCAUUUUCAACUCAAUAAUUCAUCUCACUAUCAGCAAAAACCACAGCAACAGCGAGAUCUAAAUCGAGGGUUGAGUAUUGGUAUGGAAACACCAGGGAGAGGAAGAUCUGCACCACCGACGAUGAACGAUAGAACUCAACCAAUUAGUCCAGUCAGUCCUGUUAGCCCAUUGAGUGCUGUUGGCAGUCCAAUACAACAUCGGAUAGUGAACCUACCUCAGCAAAACAUUAUGGACCGAUUAGACCGACCUUUACCAUCAACACCAGGACGUUUUCGUCUCGGCGAAGAUGACUUACCAUGGUCAACACCUCCCUCGUAUUGGAACGCCGAACCUGAUACAUCAGAAAGUGUCGGUCCUACACUAACCAGUAUCGAGACCUUUCAACCAUAUCAACCUUUUCCAACUACUACUAGACGAACCGAAGAUCCUAAAAGAGUUCGAGAGUUGUCGGAACUUCAACAGGCUAUGAUGACGGUGGAUAGUAUUGACAAUGAUGUUUGGGAUCCGUGGAUGUGGGAUAGUGUAGGAGAUAUGCCUAGAGGGCCAAGGAGUAUUGGCUGGGCAGUGAGUUCGAACGAUGCAUCUAAUUCACCAGUCUCGCCGUCUCUGAAGACUCCUGCUCCUCCGCCUUACGUUGUUAGUCAGUGGGAAAAUGCUUGUAAAAAGAGAACUGGAACUAUGAGACCUAGAAGUACGGGCUGA